AUGUUUAACGAAAGUGGAAUUACCUCUUUAGAUGUACACCACCCCUACGAUACCGAGGAAAAACUUGAGGUAUCAUUAUUUGAAGGAAUACUUAAAAACAUUAAAAGGAACAGCACACUGGAAUCUUUGAACAUAAUUUCGUUCCAAAUGAAGUCACAAAGAUUGAAAGGAUUGACAAAGGUACUAGAGGGCUCUAACAUAAAGAUUCAAUCCUUAGGAAUAAUCAAUGAUCAUAUCUGUAACGAAGGUGGCAAAUUGAUAGAAAAGUUCCUUCACAAAGAUACCACUAUAACGUCUUUAAAUCUUAGUGGAUUGUCAUUCAUCCCGUCUAAUGUAUCGACCAUAG